CGAGAAAAGGAAAAAGGAAAAGAAAAAAGAAAAAAAAGGACGCCACCGUUAUUCGAAAAUUCAAUUUUCACUCCAUCCCUCCUCCCUUCCCCCACUGUCUCUCUAUAAUCAUUGCCCUCACUUGCUCCAUUCCGACUUCAAAUCAUCACUUUCCUCUCCGAAUCUUUCUACUAAUUGUGUGCUUUUUCUUCCCCCAUCGAUUCUCUCUUUUACCGUUUUUCAAUUGUGUGGAUUUCUGAAGAGCAGUUUUUAGUGUGUGGGGUUAGGGUUUUAUUAUUAGCGGAAUUGAAGGUUGUAAUUUUUUUUUCUUUCUGGAGGGGAACAAGAUGACGGAGGUGAUCCUCCACAUAUAUGAUGUUACCAACAGUGGAUCAGACAAGACUAAUAACACCAUUAUGCAGAUCAAUAAGAUCUUCAAAGAUGGAAUCGGUAUCGGCGGCAUAUUUCACAGCGCCGUUCAGGUUAUCCCUUUUCCCCCAAUAUUAAUUUUUUUUUUCCUUGUAAUUAUUUUCGUCUGGCUUGUGAUAAUUUUGUCUUCGUGAGUGGAUAACCUACUGCUGUGGAAUUCAUUAGUUUCAAAUUUAAUCAAGACAGAUCCUUCUUUGCUACUUGCUUAGUGUUUUUUAAAAAAAGAAUCAUGCAACUAUUGUUUUCAGGUAGAUCUAGGGUUUCUUUAGUUAUUUGUAGCUUCGGUUACGCAAAUUUAUGGUGUCUGUUAACUGUAGCAGAAGCAACUGAAAUUAUGUACUAGUUAUCUGUAUCUAUGUGGCCGUCGCCGCAGCUGUUAUGAGCUUUUUACUCAUUGGUGGAGGUAGGGUUAUACUUAUAAUAAUUUUAGGCUGUGGUUUUAACUAAGAGUUUUGGAUAAGAACUAUGUUCACUGUAUCAUGUUUCAGAUCAAGUUCAAGGAUCCAUGGACAUGAAAUGCUUCCUUAACAUCCGGAGCCUUGUUUAUGUGCUCUCGAAUGUGUAUUUCCUGUUUAAGCGGUUGGACUGAAUCAUCACUUUCCAUUGUGUGCUUCGGUACCUUGCUCGUUUCAUAUUUAAUUUUAAGAAAGUAACACUAACUAGGAUAUUUGGAAGUGUUGGAUGAAUUCAGGAUUAAGAGUUGAGAGCUUUGAGGGGGAUUCAAAGUUAGAAGAUGUGAGAUUUGUUUAUGUUAUCCUUUCACUUCUCUCGAUGAAUUCUUGACUUUUAGUAACAAAUGAAAUGCACAAUGAGAACAAAACAAUUGAAAACUUCUUUCAUUCCCGUGUAGUAAGGAUAGGUUGUAGAAUUGUGUGCAUGUGUUUUUCUUGCUUGUUCUCUAUUUGGCUAGAAGCAAAGUUUUUGAAUUUUGUACUCUUUUAAUUUUGUGAUGUUCUGUGUUAACAUCAGAUCUAUGGAGAAGAAGAGUGGUCAUUUGGAUUCUGUGAACAAGGGAGUGGUGUUUUUAGCUGUCCUGCUGGAAAAAAUCCAAUGUAUACUUAUCGUGAAGCAAUUAUCCUUGGGAGUACAAAUUUUCCCAUCUUUAAGGUGAAUCAGAUACUUAGGGAACUUAGUAGAGAGUGGCCUGGACAUUCUUAUGAUUUGUUGUCAAAGAAUUGUAAUCAUUUCUGCGAUGAGCUUUGUGAAAGACUCGGGGUGCCGAAGCUCCCUGGAUGGGUGAACAGAUUUGCUCAUGCUGGCGAUGCAGCUGUGGAAAUGGCAGAAACGACGGCCCUUAAGUUUAGACAAGCAAAAACCGAGAUAGUAACUGCCAGCAAAGUAGCUUAUCGAUUUCUUUUAGGUGUUACCUCCAACAACUCAGCUGCUAGUCCUGACUCUACUGGAAAUUCCACCCGGGGAUCACCUAGAAUCCAGGGAACAUGGUUUAAGAAUCUCAUUUCUGCUGGUGCAAAACCAUCAAGUAGUUCAGACGCGGAUAGUCACGAGGAGAAUGGCAUGCUUCAACAUCAGCGAGCAGAUGCAGAGGCACCUUUAAGGCCAACUUCCCAUCGGGAUUUUUAGUCAAGCCUACUGAUUUGGGCCUGUAUCAUGUACUAGUGGCGAUGUAUGACAGUCAAGCUUCUCAAUUGUUGGAUCGUGUCUGAAGAAUAUGCCUCUCCAAGGAAAUCUCUUAUGCCUGCUCGAAUGUCUUAAUGUACUGCAAAAUAUAGUGGGCUCUCAAAGAAAAAUUCGUUUUGUAAUGCAAAUAUUAAGAAAUUUCUAGCGGCUUGUUAUUAGCAAGGUAGAUAGCGCCACAAUUGAUGUUGUUGGCAUCAGCAACAGUUCCAAGCAAAUGAAGGUUAGAAUGUGAAAUUGUAAUUGACGUUCAUUAUUCAUGAUUCUGCGACACAAUUCCAUUUUUCCUGCCAAACUGGCUAUUUCUUUCACACUGAAUUCCGGAAAACGUGGAGUUACAGCUUUCCGGCCAUUAAGUUUGCCAAGAAUCACAUUACUGGAACAGAAAGGAGAGUUAAAUUGCCGGAGUAACAGCAAAUCCAACUCCUGGGACCAUCAAUCUUGGUCCAACUCCUGGGACCAUCAAUCUUGGCGCCGGUGGGACUGAUAAGUAUAUUACCGCAAAAGGCAAUUUAUACAUUAUUUACUCUUGUAAGAGACCAAGACACUCGGAAAAUAACUCUUGCAAAGCCCCUGUAUGGUAUAACAACUGAUGAUAUGGAAGGCCGGGUCGGUUCGUUAACAAAAUGCCUUAUUGCGUACAACUGGGAAAGUACGAACAGCACAUGAAACCCAGAAUCAAGGAAACACAAAUCAAUACAAUUGAAGGAACUUUGCUCCUUUAAAUUUGGAAACAGAAGUUAAUACAUAACAGGACUCACAUUUACUACAACUUCGAGGAAAUUAAAACAAGCCACACCAGCUCUGAGAAAGAGGAGCUCAAUAGUACUCAUACAAUACAAGGACAUCGGAUAAAUAAGAUGGUUAUAUACAGAUAGACAACUCAUUAUUCAGAACCAGAAAAAUCAAGCACAACACACAUCAUUCUCUGGAUUCUUUUAACUACCAUCUCUUUUGGUUAUCCUCUCAGCAUAUGAUUGAACACAUAAUUGUCCACCUGGGAAUCUUCUGCAAUUUGAAGUGAUGAAACAGCUUGUGCAAUGAGACUAGGCGAAAAUCCCGCACUUUCCCAGCCUCUACCCUCCAGGUACUGAGGGUAGAUCUCCCUUUGGAAAGCUUCAGAGGGCGCCAUCUGAUCAGAGUUAUUCCAAUCACUCCACAUGUAUCCAUACUUCUGGUUAUCAGAGAACCACCCUAUAUUCUUUAAUGAGUACCCUGGGAGGUCAUCAUGAGGAACCACUGCUUCAGUACCGCCCAUGAAUAUGCCAAAACCGCCAUAGCAAUCCCACUGGUUCAGCCCCUCAUCCUUCUUCAUCAUCACAUUACAUGAAUCGUCCGAGUCUUCACCAAUAAGGACAUGCAGAGCAACCGCCUCUGCAAUUGCAGCACCUUCUUCAUCGAGUCUCUGCUGCUCUUCUUUUUUCUUUUGUUUCUUUUUCUCCAGUUCAGAACGAAUGGCUGCGGAAGUAGCAAGAGCCUUUUCCAAGCGCCUCUUUUUCUUCUCAGCCUGUUUGAUCCGAUCCAACUCAUCCUUGACUUGCUUCUUCUUUACCUUUCUCACACCUGAUGGCACUUUUGCACUCUCCAUCUUAUCCAGCAAACUAAAAACUACAAUCACUCAGCCUAUCUAGUCAAAAUACUCUCUUUCCCCGUCAAGAAAAGUUGCCUAAAAUAUAUAAAUCAUCUCUACUACUAAUAAGUUUCUUUUCCUUCUGUAUCCUAUAAUGACAGUACUCAAAACAACAACCAAUGAAAUUGCCACUCCUAGUAUAAAACCCUACACCCACUCAGGUCUGAACGAAUACCUCAUUUUGCGCACAAUACAAUCCCAAACAGAAACAAUGGGGGAUAGCAUCAAAGAGAAUUGGUAAGAACUUAGAGAUCCGUCCCUGGACAUUCUUCCCAAUUUUCCACACCCUUUGCUCUUGCCCAUCAUGUGAGGAAAACGAGUUGGAUUAUUGUAAGAGAACAGCAAUACUACUCCUUUUGAUGCAAACAACUUACAUGGCCUUCUCUCCUGCAAGAUGAGGGAACAAAAAAACAUUCAUUUAGGAUACUGAAAUCUACAAAUAAUCAAAAGGUAUAAUCAAGUUUCAGACUUUAAAAGUUAACCCCAAUGGAACAGCAUAAUACAAAGACCUACUAAAUCCAACAUAUCUAGCCAAUACACCAAAUUUCAAGAAAAGAAGUCGAUAAAGAGAGAUCAUCAUGUAAAGAAUUAUCAACACUUCCUCAGCUGCCAGAUUCGUUCUAUCACAAAUAUUGUUUAGAUGCCUCGCUGUGUUUAGGGAUAUUACACUUCUUUGUAGAGGGCGUGACAAAUAAACCAACACAUUACUCCCAGUAUCAUCACAGUUGUUUUUAUUUUUUUUGGUUAACAAACACAGAAUGGCUCCUAAUGCCUCAAAAUAUACAGCUUACAGAGCUUCUGGAAUCCUGCUCUAACAACAAACUAAUAAAGCUAGGGGAAACAAACUAAUGGCUCAUCACAGUUUCAAUUACUAUAUGGAUGAUUAACCAUGGCAUCAAACAUCCUAAUCGCAGUAAUCAAUCCCCAAAUAUCAAGCUCCUAACUGAAUAAAUCUUCGGAAAGAGGGGCUAUAACAAACAAAAGCUUCAAAGUAAUAAAACAAAAGUCAACUUCAAUUGUCAUUCGAUCGAUCAGACUUAGACAUCUUCUUCAAGAUGGAUCACAGAUCCACAAUUCAUUCAAUUACUGACACCAUCCCAGAUCCAAGAAACCCUACCCUAAGCAAAUCUUAUUUAAUUUCCAGGCUACAUACCAAACACACAGAAGAAUCGGAUAAUUCAACGAUACUAUGAAACCCCUCAAUUAACAUCAGAUCGAAAAACCCGGAAAGCGAAUAGCAGGUACUAGAUCAUUUCUUUAAACAAAAAUUAAAAAAAAAAAAAAAAAAAGCACAAAGAGAGAAAAGCGAACCUGGAAUUGACAAGGAGAUUUGAGAAGGCCACAGGAACAAACAAACUAUAAUUCUUCACCAACUGAGUCCAAAUACGUGUAUAUGAUUUAAAAAGUGUUUAAAAGGUUUGUCUCCUGAAUAUAAAAACUUUUUCCUUUCUGUGGGUGAUCGGAUCGGCCAAAAAAAAACCAAAAAAAAACAGCUUCUAAAUCUAAUCACAAUUCACAGGGGAGUGGUUACUGGUAGAGUAAAGAGAGAAGGAACACGGAGACACGCAAAAUAUAGAAAAUAUAAAAAAAGAUUAGAGAAAGUGAUCACGAGAGAUUUGCAGUUUUGGGGGGAUGAAGGAGAGAGACGGGGAUGACUAAGAGAAGGAAGGGCUGAAUGGUAAUUUCGUGUGUGCGUGGACCACGUGGCGGAAGAUGGGGUAGGGAUCUGGAAGUUGAGUCCUUUCCUGUGAGGACUCUUAUCCCACUGGUGUAUUCCUGACACUUGGACUUUGAAGAUAGAUGGAUAGAAUUCAAUGCCCUUUGCAGGUCCCACCGUAGCUCGCCUUCUGUCCGUUGAUAUCUGAACGGUGGGGGCCCAGACGUGUAUAUUAACGGUAGAGAUUAGAAAUCGAAUGGGGUUUAGUA